UCAUUGACACAUUUAUAUUUCAAAAUGUAAACAUUUUUUUUUAAACUCUACAUUCCCGAUUAAAUGUUAUUAUAUGGGAUCCAGCUGUUUCAUGUAUUUAAAAUGUCGGAAACGUAAACGGUAAAAGUUUAAGGAUUGGAAAGCGCACAAUUGGGCGUCACAGGCCGCCUGUCCUGGUACUGCGCUGUGAUUGCUCAAGUGGGCUAAACGAAAGUAAAAAUGAAAGUGGUAAAUGCAACUACUCUAAUCUGGGAAAGAAAAACGCAUCUGUAAGUAGCAAAUAUGCCCUAUUGCUUAACAUUUUACACGAUUAUAGGUGAGUGGAUUGAAGACGGUGAUUUUAUCUGAAAGCGUAUCUGCGUCCUAAAAUGACCCAAAAUCGCAACGGAGAUCUACAACACAGCCGCUGUGUGAUAUCAGUUCAGAGAACGCUUCACUCUAAAGUAGUCCAGUAAGGAAACUACAGGAUUCUCUACAGUGCACCAUGCUUAAAUGAGUGGACAGUCUGUGUCACCGUUCUGACAGAGCGCACUGACUCCCAGUGCCACACGUUACUCUACCCAUGGCUCUAAAGUCUAUCGUGCUGGUUUCGUUGUUCCUCUUGGUUCUGUCAGUUUCACAUGCAGUGCCCUUGCGCUCCACUUUUGAACGAACAUUCGGGGCCUCUGUCACUUUGCCCUGCGAUGGGUCGGCGUUCAGGGGGACCCCUGAGGCCCAGCUGGACGUCCUGUGGCGGACGUCCGACGGGAGGAAAGUGGCUCACUACUCCGGCGGGACUCACAGAGUGGGCGUUCCCUUCGAGGGGCGAGUCACGUUCCCCACGGAGCGGAUUAGGGCCGGAGACUUCGCCCUCACCCUGGGCGCCCUUGCGUUCGGCGACAAGGACUCGUACCAGUGCGUGUGGAGCGAGGGUCAGGGCGGCGAGAAGCUGCUCAGCAAUGUGACGCUCGUCAUUUUGGCCCCCCCCUUCUCAAAUUCUACAUCCGUGUCCGCGGGGGACCCGGUCGCCCUGCCCUGCUACGGCCGCGUGACCGGAAGGGCGCCUGACGAUAAGCUCUUCGUCCGGUGGCAAAAAGACGGCGCCCUCAUACUCCAGCUCAGCAACGGGGAGUUCACGUACGGCAGCACGUUCACGGAGCGUGCCUCCGUGUCCCUAGACGCGGUGCGGCGGGGCAACUUCUCCCUGUCCCUCAGUGUCACGGGUCCGGCCGACGAGGGGACCUACGAAUGCUCUGCUGAGAGGAGCCAAACUGGCACGUCACUCAGUCUCAAAGUCAAAGAUCAUCAAACCAGUGUCAUUGUUGAACAUGGCACGACCUUCAACAUUUGCGUGCCCAGAGUCCCGGCGAAAGUGCUCUUCUUAAAAGAGGACACUGACGUCCUCGUGUGUAAGGCGUUAGUGGACUACGCCAAAUGCGAAGGGGACUACAACGGCCGGGUGCGGUACGAGGAGGGCACUCUCCAGUUGCGCGAUGUCAAGCCCAGCGACGAAGGGAGGUACACGGUGAGGGCGAUCUACGAUGACAUCAUCGUCAAAGAGGUCCGCCUCGAGGUCACCACCGCUUUACCUCAAGGACUUUAUGGAUUCACACUGAUGGUGUCGGUAUGUUUGCUGGCGCUGGUGAUGAGGAAGCUGAAAUGUGGUCCCAAACAGAUGCUUGGAGUUUUCACACAUUGCGUCAACCAGAUGAAGUAACCCCUCACCUUUCAGCUGAUUUCCAUUGCCUUACUGAACGUUGAAAGUUGGUCCUUCACCAUGAAAGGAGACCAAAGAGGUUCUUGCGCAUUGUUUCGUAGGAUUUUUGCACUUUAUUUAAUGCAGGUGACUGCCGAAAUAGAAGCGACGCUAACCACAUUAACACCUCUAUGUAAAGUUCUUGAUGGACUGUUCUUGAUGAAACUGUGACUGCACAUGCCCUAGAUUGAUAUUUGCAGUCAGCUGGUUCAGUGUUGCUAGACUGUGUUGCCUUGCAUCGGGCACCAGUGGUUGAGGAGUAUGUGCCUUCAACCACAGCUGCCCCUAGUUGACGACGAAUCGCCUCUUCAGGCUGCACCUCUCCCCAUCCCUCCCUUCCUCCCUGUAGUCUCCAAUUGACUGUGUAAGCUUAGGUUUGUAGCUGGGUGAUCUUAGUUUAUUUUAGUCAUUGCACUCGUGCCUACUUAAUUAUUGCUUGUAUUAUUUGCAUAGCCUGCUUUGUUGCUGCUUUUGGUUGUGUUGAUCAGAUUAACCUACAGGGUCCAAGUUAAACUACGCGGUCGCUCCCCUGCACUUGGAACUGUACUUCCCCUCUAGGGUUUUCGACACACUUGUUCCUGGUUACGGUUAUACGCUUUGUUGUACGUCGCUCUGGAUGAGAGCGUCUGCCAAACGCCUGUAAUGUAAUGUAAUGCAAUGUCUCUCCAUCACACUUCCAUGCCAACAUCGCUAGCAACAUCGGCUUAUGAAAUUCAGUUCAAAAAGUCUUAGUCACUGAAGCUCCAGCCAAACGUACCCCAACAACCUGCCCUCUUUCAGGGUCUCUGAAACCUCAUCUUCCCUUGGAAGCCAACUGAUUAGGCAGCUGGGCAUUUUAAAAAAAUAUUCACAUCAAGGAGCAUGCUGGGAUGUUAUUUGUUUAAUUAACUCAGGAACCACACCUAUGUGGAAUCACCUUCUUUCAAUAUACUUUGUAGGCCUCUUAUACUCAAACAUUUACUUUAUUUGGGCAGUUACCUGUGUAUGAAUACAUGUGUUUUGGGACUAAAUAAAGAUGAUUUAGGCCACCUGGGGUCUACAGAGUUUUCCAUGUAGACUGGAGAGCAUCCAGCACUGUGCUGUGCCUGAGCACUGAUGAAUCCUGAUGUCAUCUUCAAGCGGGUCUGGAACGUAGACGAACUGAGUCUCAGUCUGUAGUGAGUACAUGGACAUUGUGGCAAUCCAAGCCUGAUAUAUACAUGGAGAUACAUGCGAUGCCAUACAGUGCAUUGUCCAAGCUGGCCUGAAAGUUCUUAACACUGCUGAUUGGUUCGCGGUCACUGGUCACGUGGUUGCGCCUUGAACAGAAGAUCAGGAUGAGAAGACCAAGGGGUUUUCACUCUGAUCUGGUGAAGAAUAGUGACUUUAUUUCUGCUGAUUCUGCUGCAGUGUAACCUCGACCAAGGCCCAUCUCUUCAAUUGCUGUAUAAAUGGAUUGUGUGUACGGUAAAGGAUGUAAGCUACGUGGGUCCCUCUGGAUGACAGCGUCUGCUGAAUGCUGCAGUGUAAUGUCAUGUGACCAUGAUUAAUGUUGUCAGUGUCAUUUAAUGUCACUAACAGAGACACCCAGAAUGCUUUUGUGUGUUGCUGAAAAGGGUAAGUAACUUGUCCAUGCACCCCGGUGUGGCCCCUUCUCCGGAAGAGCCAACCAGCGGCCCAAAAAAUAGCUUUCUUUCCCCAAAGUUUUUUUCCCCUUCACCUCUCUCCGUUUUAGUUGGAAACAAACUUUUGCAUUCUUGGCGUGAGGGACUCUAUUAGCACUGAGUAUUUUUUUUUUUUUUUUUUAAACAACAAGAAAUAAAUGAACUAGUUCCUUCUUUUCCCGGGGAAACUAAAAGGCCCAGUUAUCAGCUUUAUAAUGCAGACACGCCCACGAGAAUGAAAGGGCCUGAGAUUUAAUCAACAAUUUGUUGUGAACUUUGACUUCCAAUUAAAAUCAAGAAUUUUUUUUUUCUUCUUCACAAACAUAGUUCGGCAAGUUCAGCCAAUUUCAGUAAAAAACUGAACAGUGAAGAAAAUGUGUUAAGGCUUGCGUUUGCUUGCAACUCACGCAAGGCGCCAACCAGCUCGUGAGAUAACGUGAGAUCGGACGAGAUGAGGGUUCCGCCCCAUUGCAUUGUGGGACAGGAGUCCUCAAAAUGCCUUCAUUAGAUUUGGCCUUCAUUUACAGAAGAACAAGUGUUGAUUUACUACAAGUCAAGGAUCUGUGUGGAUAAUGAAAUCAUCUCCAAUGCCAUGUGGGUGUUACAGCAGAGAGUAGCCAGCCUGUCAUAGAGGUCGGUCAUGGAAAUCCAUUCUGUAGUGUUUUCAAAUGACUGUCAACUGGAGUCACCUACAGCCACUUAAAUCUCAAUAAUGUGCUGUUGACCUUUUUUGACUGUUGAUGUAUUGGAAAAAAUGUACUCAUUAUACAUUAUCUGGAGGCCCUCAAAUCUAUUUUUAAAUGCCUGCCAAUUAUAUUUUGUUCAAUAAUACAUUCUGUUGAUUAUAGAUUCAUGUAUAUCAGUAUGAGACUGAAGCGGCAAUAAUUGGUAUAUUUUACAAUAUAUAUUUUUUUAUUCCAUGCAUUUAUCAGUACACAUAACAAUGUUGUACAUCUUAAAGGUUUUUUUUAAGGCAGUAGUAUAUUUUAAUAUCACUAGCGUGGGCAGAUUAAUUCUGAAAGCAUUAUCAGAAAUGCAUUGCGUUGUCACAAACUCAAGAUGGCAAAUCAAAAAUGUUGAAAUUGUGGCUAUCCAUAUAUGGAAGAAUAUAUUUCUGUGAGGAGAAUGCGCAUAGAAUGUGAGAUUAUGUACAACUGUGGUGAUGAUGGUUUAUUUGUCAAAUAGCUGUAGAAUUGUUUUAUAUUUUGCUCCUUGCUUCUUUUUGGUCCUUUAUUGUCCCUGUUAACUUGUCAUAUUGAUUUUUCAUAUGAAUCGUGUGUGUGUGUGUGUGUGUGUGUGUGUGUGAUGCACCACGGGAUUUCUGGGAGAACCUUUUAAAAUGGAUUGCUGAAUGGUGUCUACAUUUUCCUGGUGAAGGAACUGAUAGCUUUCAGGUCAGCAUAUUUGAUUAUUUAUUGACGGAAUAAAUUGAUUAUUUUCUGGAUCA